CUCUCUCUCUCUCUCUCUCUCUCUCGGUUUCUUCCUAGGGCUAGGGUUUUCCUUUUCCUUAAACGCGUCUACUUUGACAAAAUCUCGAGGAUGUUGCUUAAAACCUCCAGUUCUCUCUCCAACUUGUCCAGUUUUGUCCUCCAACAACUUCCUCGGUCAACCAUGGCUUGAAUAUCCACCUCUCUCACUCUCUUGAUUCAAAGCAUUACGUAUUAACAAGCCCACUUCCCCAACAAUUUGAAGUCAUGUAUAACGAAGGAGCCCCAGAGUUUGUUGUUGAUCAGGGCUUGUACUAUCCUACUGCCACCAACUAUGGUUAUAUAUGUACAGGAUUUGAAUCACCCGGCGAUUGGAAUGACCACCAUAAGGUUUUUGGUGUGGAUGGUCAAGAUAUUCAGUACGCGGGUUCACAGACAGAAAAUAUGCCGUUUGUAUAUUAUACACCUAGCUAUGGAUAUGCACAGUCUCCAUAUAACCCAUACAACCCCUACAUUCCUGGUGCUAUGAUAGGAGUCGAUGGCCCGUUUGUAGGGACACAACAGUACUACAACAUCCCAUCUUAUGAAAACCCUGUCUCUUCGCCUGCUUAUUUCCCCAUGGUUGUUCAAUCUGGGCCAGAUAUUAUCGGAAAUGGUGCAACAGACCCAUUUCUGAACACUGCUGCUUCCAUUUCUAAUAGAGCUGAUGGCCCAGGCCUUAAACCCAACCUCUCCUCAGCAGCUGCAACUUUUGGCUUGACCCCUUCUAAGCCUCUUUCGAAUCAAAACAUUUCUUUCACUGGGGUAUCAGAAGGCCCUAAAGUUAAUGUUGGAUCUAGCAAGCAUACCGCCACACAUGGAAGUGUUACUUCUGGUAGUUUUUCCUGUCCAGCAUCGCCACAAGUUUUUCAGGGAAGAGGUGUUCAUUCUGUAGAUAACAUCUCGCGUGGGAAGCCUAUGCCUAAUCGUAACCAUUUAAAAAUUGCUCUCCCUUCUGGUAAUGGCCUGUCUAAUUUUGGAUCAAGUGUUCAUGGGCCGGCAACGGUGGAUAGGGUUCGGUCCAAGUUCUACUAUGGCAGAGUUCCAAAUGAUGUGAAUGGCAGUCCAGAUGCAUAUACUGAACAGAAUCGGGGACCUAGAACUAGUAAAUCAAAAAAUCAUUUGACUGUGAAAGCCUAUACCACCAUAGCAGAAAAUAGUGAUGCACAAGGAAACAUCAUUAUCUAUACCGAUCAGUACAACAAGGAUGAUUUCCCUGUUGAUUAUGCAAAUGCAAAGUUCUUUGUAAUAAAAUCUUACAGUGAGGAUGAUGUGCACAAGAGUAUCAAGUACAAUGUAUGGUCAUCUACACCCAAUGGAAAUAAGAAGCUUAACAGUGCCUACGAAGAUGCUCAGAGAAUCACUGCAGGGAAACCAGGAGGCUGUCCUAUCUUUCUUUUCUUUUCUGUGAAUGCAAGUGGUCAGUUCUGUGGCGUUGCUGAGAUGACUGGUCCAGUAGAUUUUCAUAAGGACGUGGAUUUCUGGCAGCAAGAUAAAUGGAGUGGGAGCUUUCCUGUCCGGUGGCAUAUUAUAAAAGAUGUACCAAACCCCAACUUCCGACAAAUCGUAUUGGAGAACAAUGAGAAUAAGUCAGUAACUAACAGCAGAGAUACACAAGAGAUAAGGUAUAAAAAAGGCUUGGAGAUGCUGAAAAUAUUCAAAAACUAUAUAUCGAAGACAUCGUUGCUCGAUGAUUUUACGUACUAUGAAAAUAGACAGAAGAUCCUGCAGGAAGAGAAAGCCAGGCUACUAAUCAAAGCCUAUGAAACUCCAUUCCUUGUACCAUUAUUAGAUACUCCCCGCAAGCUAAAUUCUGUGCGCGGCUUGCCUUCUAGCGAAUAUGAGAAGAUUACCAAGCAUGUCUCUGACAAGAACACAGCGGCUCCCUCAGAGCAGGUUUCCUUAGAUCCUGAUGCGAGCAACCCUAGUAUUGGAAAUGAAAAUGCCAAUCCGAUAGCAAAUGAAGUAAACAAUAAUGACACACUAAAGAUCGGUUCACUCACUAUCAACCCAAGAAACACGGAAUCAAAGCCGUCCGAGGUCACUGCUGCUGCUGCUACUGCUACUGCUACGGUUGCAGUGGCAAAUGCUGAACCAGUUGAUGUAGUUAGAGUAGGGUCCAUGCCUAUCAAAGUUAAUGGAUUUGCUGAACGUUCUGGUUUCUUAACUGUUGGGACAAUAUCCCUUGAUCCUAGUACGCUCCAGGUUAACGAGCCAGGUGCUUCAACCAAGAUUGGGUCUCAGCAAGGCUGAUACAGGUACAUUUGGAAUAUCUGGAGCACUUCAAGUUACUGUGCUCAGAGGAGCAUGUGGAAUGCAGUUGUAUGCCUAUGGACCCAACCCAAUUGUCAUUGAUUUUACAGAUUGGAGUGUUAACAUUUCGGUCAUUGUUAGAGUUGUAGGUCAUGAGGAUUACAGUUCUCUGUUGUUUCUUUUCCCUUUUCACUGCGGUGGCAUGGGGAUGAUGAAGUAUUUAUAGGCACUCAGUUCUGAUGUAUUGGGUUUCCUUGUACUAGACUGGAGGUGGUGUUGUCUGGUCGAUCGUAAGAGGAAAAGAGUGUGAUCUUUGGCGUUGUUUUCAUAUCUUAUCAAUCAAUCCAAAGAUAUAUAUGAGAAUUUUAUAGCUGGUUUCGCUUUUUAACU